AUGAUCGACUUCGCCAACUACAUCAAAAUGUUGACGGAUGGACUUCCUGUGAGAUAUCCCGAUUAUCACUGUGGCCUGGAAGAUUACUUGGAUUCUUUCAGUGCGGAACUUUCGGAAAGCGAUCUUGCGGCGUUGAAUAAGAUGAUGACUUCAUUAAAGCUGUUCUCUGCAUUGAUGGUGGUUUAUGGUCGGACAUAUAUUCUACUAGAGAAUCGAGAUUUUGCAUCUCGCUGUUUGAUAGCAGCGUUUUUACAGGACCGCCAUUCUCUAGCAGCAGAGCAAUUGCUGAGAAACUACAAACUUGUUCCUUCUACAAGCAAAGAUCCCUGUUACCGUUUGAUGAAGAAGAUGAAACAAACCGAAAUUUCUGGUGAUCCACGACAAAAGACCGAGUUGGCUCGUGAGCUGUACCGAGAUGGCAAAGUGGCCGAAACUCUGGAAACAACAACAAUGAUAAUGCAGAUCACGAAGAAAGCAAAUAGUUAG